AUGCCGUUAACAAAGCAUCCCCCUGGUGCGGCCGAGGCGGAUGGCAGCUACAGGCCUCCGCUUCGAGGAGUUCAGACAGAUGAUCCCAGUCACUUCACCGGAGCGCACGCAGGCGAAGAUCUGAGCCUAGAGGAGCAGACAGCCGUUUUACAGGCAAUGUCGCUCGAAUCUCCUCCCGGAAUCCAGUCACCCCAUCCUCUACCACCCGACCCAUCUCCUGGCAUUGUUCAGUCACCCACCAGCAUUUCAACCGAAUUCAGCCUUCCAAGCCCUGGUUCGAUAUCAACGCCCACAACCCCUAUCACGCCUCUCUCCCGGGAGGCCACGAAUUCUUCGUCAUCUCAGUCAAAAUUUGUAUCAGUCUUACAGGAUGUACGACACUUUGCUGGUGGACUGAUCAGUCACCCCUACGAGUCUACCAAGCACUACACGAUCCUACGGCACUCCUUUGGGAUAGUCUACUACAGCGGUUCAUCGACAAAUUUGGCCAUCACAAUCUUCUCUGACCGAGAUCUUCCUCCGGAUCGGACUUUGUGGUUACAGCGAAGAGGCUUCUCCGGCAAGACGGGUCUGAAGAUCGGGGGCUUAUUGGGUGCCAGAAGCACCUGGAUAGAUGUGACUCCAAGUAACAGGGCAGCACCAGAGCAAAUCAACCCCACGGAUGAACGCGCCUGGCAGAGAGAUAUCAAGAAAUUUCUGAAGAAAGCUCCGAAAGAGCUUCGAGCUCAUCGACCACGCGAGACGGACAUACUCCGCAUUCCUUGCGACGCCGACGACGGCUAUCUGAGGGUGGUCCUAUGCACCGCCGACGGAAAGCGGACGCUUUGCGGUAGCCCAGUAUUUCGACUAGCAUCCUCAUCCACCGACUCCAGUGUUAUCAGGGGCUCCUCUCUCAAGACUAUGCCGCUCGAAGCAGGCAUCAAGCUAGCAGCUGUCGUUGGAAGACAGUUUGUCACGGCUACUGCUGGUCCAUAUGUCGAGACUGCGAGACAGACGGCCACAAACCAGCUAACCUCAGUGUAUCAACCAAGUGUAUUGGCUCAGCAGGCCAUGACUACCGCUUACGAUCAGAGUGGAAUUCAGGAUCGGUUUGAUAGUAUGAACGAGCAGUAUGACACUGCUCGAGAUGAGUCUUAUACCCCAACUGACCUGGAUGGAUACGAUGCCUUGGAUCGCCCAAACGUUAUCGGACCAGCGUCUGGCCCAGUCCCGCCAUUUCCCGUUCGGUUCCAUGGAAAGGUGGUAGCUGGCACCGGCAGAAGUAGAGCAGCAUUGAAGAUGCCAACGGCCAAUUUGAUGGGUAUUCCCGACGACGUCCUUUUGCGAUACAAAGGUGUCUUCUUUGGCUGGGCCGCGGUAAACCUGCCCAGCAAGCUCGCCGCGGAAAAAAACAUUUCAGAUGAAUGGCAUCAGGCAAUUAUAUUCGUCUCUCCAGACCCAGAUGGAAGGAGAACUGUGGUAGGAAAGAACACCGCUCGGGUUUACCUGAUUUAUGAUUUCCAAUCGGCGGACUUUGUUGACGCCAAAUUGUCUGUCAUACUGAUGGGUUAUCUGCGAGCUCUAGAGCUCGAGUCAAACCAAGAGACGGAUGUUGAUGCACAACUGUUUGAUUUCUACAAAGACGUCGCCAUUACGAGCGCAAGUUUGGCUCGACCUGCCUGGGCAGCAGAUGCCACAUUGGAGCGCGUCAAAUCAGCAGCGUCAAAUCGAUCUUUAACAGAACGCUAUGUUGAUUUCAGGCAGAGCACGCAGAGACAAAUCGACCGAGUCCCGGUGCAUCGAUUGGGAGUCCGGACAGAGGGAGCGACCAUGAAGGACAGAUUGAUUGGAAAUGGUGGAGUGUGGAUUCCAAGGUCACCCUUAACACAUAAUGCUACAACUUGA